UCAAAAGAGCGAGCAGUCAAACUGUCAAUUUGCAGCACAAUCAGAGCAAAACCAGCGUGUUUUCGAGUUGUUGCACAAUGCCCCGCGUGUACAAGAGAGUGCCCGGUUCACGGGCAUACCGAGAUUACGAGGACGACAACCUCCAGAAAUGUCUCAAGGCGAUCGCAAGAGGAAUGACGCACCGGGAGGCUUCCGAGGCUUACGGAAUCCCAAAAAGCACAAUCGGAAAUAAGCUCUACACAGACCGCAACAAGGACGUCGGCGGCCAGCGCGUUUUCACGGAUGAAGAGGAGCGUGCAUUCGUGAGAUUCUUGGUCACAAUGGCGGAAUUCGGAUUUCCGGUUAACGAGGAUGACCUCCGUUAUGUUGUGAAGCACUACCUCACGAAAGUGGGACGGAACGUAGAGCGCUUCCAAGAGAACUUUCCUGGACGCGAUUGGACGAAGUCCUUCCUGAGUCGUCAUCCGGAUCUUUCCGUGAGAUUUGUGGCCAACAUAAAGAAAAGCCGGGCUAAAAUCACUGCGGAGAUUUUGACGGAGUAUAUAAACAACCUUCUGGAAGUGGCCGUUGGAGUACCCCCAGAAAAUUUCUGGAACUUCGAUGAAUCAAACGUGACGGACGACCCAGGCAGCAGGAAGUGCAUUGUGAAGCGCGGUGUCAAGUAUCCCGCGAAUAUAAUGGACACGUCCAAGAGCAGUAUUUCCAUUAUGAUGGCCGGAAGUGCAGCGGGUGAGGUUUUGCCUCCCUACGUGGUGUACAAGUCGGCCAAGCUGUGGAGUACCUGGGUUGACAACGGCCCGCCCGGAACCAGAUACAACAACUCUACAAGUGGCUGGUUCGACACCGCCAUUUUUGAGGACUGGUUCGAGUUCCAUUUGCUGCCGACCUUGAAGAAGCGCAGUGGUAAGAAGGUCGUGAUCGGUGACAACGUCAGCUCGCACUUUUCGCCGCGUGUGCUGGAACUCUGCCAGAUGCACAACAUUUGUUUUGUGUGCCUCCCACCGAACUCAACGCACAUCACCCAGCCCCUCGACGUGGCCUUCUUCGGGCCAAUGAAGAAGCACUGGAGACAGAUUCUGCGUUCCUACAAGGAGAAGAGUUUAAAUUAGCUUUAUUGGUUUUACUCACAUACAAACAUUUUCUUAUAGCAAUUUUUGAUAAUGUAAGCAUUCAAAAAGCUAAACAACAAUAAAUUAAAAUAUUUUCUUAUUUGACCCAAUGUCACCCCCUCUAAGGGGUGAGAU